AUGAAAGCACGAGGACUGUUCCGUACAAGAUUAGAUGAAAAACUGACAGAUGGGUUCCGAGAACAAAGGGUGGAAGAAGUUUAUGAGAACAUGGUGAAUAGCAUCAAAAAAGCUGCUGAAGAGGCGCUUGGACUAUGGAGACAGAAGGCAAGUAACAAACUAUGGUGGACGGAAGAGAUAGAAGACCUCAUUGCAAAGAAAAAGAGUGCCUACUUGAAAUGGAUCAGUAGUAGAGAGCAGGAAGAUAAGGAAGUAUAUAUGGCAAUAAAGAGAACAACCAGACAGUCAGUAACAGCAGCUAAAAGACAGAUGUGGGACCGUAAAUGCCAAGAGGUCAAUAGCUAUACUGGGGGAAGAAAAUGCUCGGAAACGUGGAAGUUCAUAGGUCGACUAAAAGCAAACGAAAAAGUGAAAACAAAUAUAGAAUUGAGAAAAGAUAGAAGAUUGGAAGGAAUACUAUGGACAACUACUCUCAGAAAAUAG